UCACGUGACCUCGAGGGAGGGGUACUUCGCAAAAUGGCGUCUCUACUGCAGCUGGAGAGAGUCUUGUACUUGGUUCACGGCGAAAAGGAAAUCCGAGCUCCUUUAUCCCAGCUGUACUUCUGCCGGUACUGCAGCGAGCUGCGCUCCCUAGAAUGCGUCUCUCACGAGGUCGACUCUCACUAUUGUCCCAGCUGCUUAGAGAACAUGCCAUCGGCCGAGGCCAAGCUGAAGAAGAACAGAUGUGCCAACUGCUUUGACUGCCCGUGCUGUAUGCACACUCUCUCCACCCGGGCGACAAGCAUCCCAGCUCCACUUCCUGAUGACCCGGCCAAAACAACCAUGAAGAAAGCCUAUUAUCUCGCUUGUGGCUUCUGCCGCUGGACCUCCAGAGAUGUUGGGAUGGCAGACAAGUCAGUGGCCAGCGGUGGUUGGCAGGAGCCUGAGAAUCCACACACCCAGAGGAUUAACAAACUGUUGGAGUAUUACCAGCAACUGGCACAAAAAGAAAAGAUUGAACGUGACCGCAAGAAGCUGGUGCGGCGUAGGAACUACAUGCCUUUAGCUUUUUCUCAACACACUAUUCAUGUGGCGGACAAAUAUGGGCGAGGUACAAGGCUUCAGCGUCAAAGACCCGGAGUUCCUAUUACACCUCUAGCCGGACUGACACUUAAAGAAGGUGAGGAUCAGAGAGAGAUAAAGAUUGAACCUGCGCAGGCAUUAGAGGAAGUGGAACCUUUACCCGAGGACUAUUAUACUCGCCCUAUCAAUCUAACAGAAGUUACCACUCUGGACCAGCGCCUGCUGCAAGCGGACUUUCAGCCUAUAUGUGCCUCCCAGCUUCACCCUCGCCACAAGCAUCUCUUAAUCAAGCGCUCUCUCCGAUGCCGCAGAUGUGAACAUAACCUGAGCAAGCCUGAGUUCAACCCAACUUCUAUAAAGUUUAAGAUCCAGCUGGUGGCUCUGAGCUAUAUCCCUGAAGUUAGAAUUAUGUCCAUUCCUAAUCUACGCCAUAUGAAGGAGAGCCAGGUAUUGCUGACACUGACUAACCCUGUGGAGAACCUUACCCAUGUGACGCUCAUGCCCUGCGAAGAAGGAGAUCCCCAUGAAAUUAACAGCACUGCCAAGGUGAUUGUACCCACCAAGGAGCUGGUACUUGCUGGGAAAGAUGCCACUGCAGAAUAUGAUGAACUGGCAGAACCACAGAAUUUCCAGGAUGACCCAGACGUCGUCGCCUUCAGGAAGGCUAAUAAAGUAGGAGUGUUCAUAAAGGUAACUCCUCUUCAAGAGAAAGGAAAGGUGAUUGUGAGCUUUAAACUCAAGCACGACUUCAGAAACCAGCCCAGCCCUAUCCGACCAACAGAAGACAAUGAAUCCAGCUCUGAGGCUGUGUGGCUGACUCACCACGUGGAGCUUGACCUGGGGCCUGUGGUUUCUGCCGCCCCUUAAAAAACUGUUGUACUGGUUCCUGCACAGGAACAGGUUACUAGUCCGCAUGGUCGUUUCCACCUGGAGACCAAGUGCGGAGAAAAAGCUGCUUAAUGCAUUUGUUCUGGGAGGUUUUUGGACAGAUUGUGCCUAUGAGGUAGUUAUUUGUGGGAAUGCACGUAUUGUCUCUCUGUGAUCCCCUUAAAGGGGUUGUCUGAGUUGGGCAAAAAUGUGCCCAAUCGGGGAAAUGUGGUGAAACAAUGAAAGAAGCAUUUUAUUCACCUACUCUUCCUGUGCCGCUGCUCCAGUCCUCCCCAUUGGCGUCUGUUACCUUGGCUGUAGCGGUGAUGUGCCCAUAUACCCACAUGAACAUUGCAGCCAGUCACUGGCCUUAGCAGUAAUUGGCACGAGAUGACCACCAAGAUUUGUA